CAAAAUAAGCGAUUCCCCGCCAGAUCGAGAUUUUAGCGCUGCCUAUAUUUCAAUACUGCGCGGAAGAGUAUUCCUUCCCUAGUCUCUAUGAUCAUCGCCAACUUUACACGUAUUGAAGAUGAUAUAGCAGUUAGAUCACAUAGAUAUACAUCUAUGACUACAAUUAAAAAGAAGAAAGAGCGAGUCACGUUAAUCCUGCGAUUUUCUAGAAGCUUUAGGCUCCUCCACAUUUCACAUUCACAUGUCUAUUCGUCAUCUUUCCAGCCCUAUAUUGCUAUUUGCCCGGAAAGUUUCUGUGUUUAUUUUCUGUUUUUACAAAUUUCUGUUCGAUUUUAGGGUGAAAAUCGACCAGAUUCUCGGUUUCUUGCAUAAAGUAUUCUGCUUUAAGAAUCGCCUUUAACCCUUUCAUGCACUCCAUAAAACAUAGCCUUUAAAUCAUUGUGAUAUUGUCAUAUUGGACUGUGUGAUUGGGAGAGCUAUGAAGCUUUUAUCUUGAUCAGCCGAAAGAUUGGUUUUUGUGUCAUUUAGAUUUCCGUAGGGAUUGGAAUGGAUAUCCCGGAGACGUAGUGAACAGAAAGCGCUCUAAUGACAUCUGGAAAUCAGGAAAAGAUAUAAUACACAGAUUGGUUAGGGUGGUUUGGAUUUUCGGUGAGAAAGUUCAUUCAUUUCAUUGGAGAAAGGGGCAAAGAAAUGACUUUAGGGUUGUCUUCUUUGUUCUCCAAGACGGAAUUGCUCACGUCGGACCAUGGUUCGGUUGUGUCUAUGAACCUCUUCGUCGCGCUGCUUUGCGCAUGCAUUGUUCUUGGACAUCUACUAGAGGAGAACCGCUGGGUGAACGAGUCCAUUACUGCACUUAUACUUGGUUUAUGCACAGGAGUUGUUAUUUUACUCUUUAGCGGGGGAAAGAGUUCCCAUCUUUUUGUCUUUAGUGAAGAUCUUUUCUUCAUAUAUCUCCUUCCGCCAAUAAUAUUCAAUGCUGGGUUUCAGGUGAAGAAGAAGCAAUUUUUCGUGAACUUCAUGACUAUAAUGCUGUUUGGAGCUGUUGGUACACUGAUUUCAUGUGCUAUUAUAUCAGUUGGUGCUGUCGAGAUUUUCAAGAAAUUGAAAAUUGACUUUAUGGAUUUUGGAGAUUAUUUAGCAAUUGGUGCAAUAUUUGCUGCAACCGAUUCUGUUUGUACAUUGCAGGUGCUCAGUCAAGAUGAGACACCCCUACUUUACAGUCUUGUGUUUGGGGAGGGAGUUGUCAAUGAUGCUACAUCAGUGGUGCUUUUCAAUGCUAUUGAAAGUUUUGACAUGUCAAGUUUUGAUCCCAAGAUCGGGCUUCAUUUUCUUGGAAACUUCUUAUACUUAUUUCUCAUGAGCACUUCUCUGGGUGUGGCAACUGGACUGCUCAGUGCUUAUAUUAUCAAAAAGCUAUACUUUGGGAGGCACUCUACGGAUCGUGAGGUUGCCCUUAUGAUUCUCAUGGCUUACUUGUCCUAUAUUAUGGCUGAGUUAUUUUAUCUCAGUGGCAUACUUACAGUAUUCUUCUGUGGAAUUGUCAUGUCCCAUUAUACCUGGCACAAUGUGACUGAGAGUUCAAGGAUCACUACCAAGCAUUCCUUCGCAACUCUAUCAUUUGUCGCCGAGACAUUUAUCUUUCUCUAUGUUGGUAUGGAUGCCUUAGAUAUUGAGAAGUGGAAGUUUGUUAGUGAUAGCCCUGGACUCUCGGUUGCAGUUAGCUCAAUAUUGGUAGGACUUAUCCUAGUAGGCAGAGCUGCCUUUGUCUUUCCCCUAUCGUUUUUAUCCAACUUAGCAAAGAAAAAUACUUCUGACAAGAUAUCCUUCAGGCAGCAAAUAAUAAUUUGGUGGGCUGGUCUAAUGAGAGGUGCUGUCUCAAUAGCACUUGCGUAUAAUAAGUUUACAAGUAAAGGGCAUACACAAGUGCAAGAGAAUGCAAUAAUGAUUACCAGUACUGUUACUGUUGUUCUAUUCAGCACAAUGGUAAGGAGGGGGGAGGGGACUACCGUCUCCUGUACAGACUCUCUUCCUCCAGUGAUAAUUCAGCUAGAUCCAACACUAAUUUGAUUGGUGUUAUGAUGUGCAUAGGUAUUUGGCUUUAUGACAAAACCUCUUAUAAGUCUGUUGCUACCUUUACACAAGCAGUCAACUAGUGCUUUCUCAUCAAUGACAACAUCUGAAUCUGGUACUCCGAGGGACUUCACUGUUCCACUUCUUGACAACCAACACGAUUCAGAAAACAAUCUAAAUGACACCUCGGCGGAUGUUCCUCGACCUACCGCCUUACGCAUGCUUCUAAGCACACCGACUCAUACUGUGCAUCGCUAUUGGCGUAAGUUUGAUGAUUCGUUUAUGCGGCCUGUUUUUGGUGGCAGGGGAUUUGUUCCCUUUGUUCCAGGCUCACCAACUGAGGGGGGUGUCAGCCCUAGCUGAGGUACAAAUGUAAGAAGUUCAAAAAAAUGCAACACUAUAUGAAAAAGGGCAUCUUAUCAAGAAAGGGUAGUCAACUAGUCAAGCUCACAAUUUUAAGACGGCUGGCGAUUAGGAUUUGCAUCCCUAAGUUGUUAAUAUCUGGGUGAAAUUGUGAAUCUUCUUACUGUCAUAGUUGAGCCUGACUACCCUAUCUUAGGGUUGAUGUAAGUUAUAGGUCUCAAGAACUCAACCCCAGAGAAUGUUCUGGCAAAAGGUCGGUGAUUCUCAAUAAAUUGUGUAUAUAUGCUGGUGCAUUUGUAGGCAUCGUAUAUGACCUUUAUCUUCAACAUUAUCCCUCCAAAUUCCAAAGGAUGGGUUCUCCACAUUGAGGAAGCCAUGAGCACCCUGCAUGUCAUGAAGGGUUCUACUCCAAAAAAAAGGUCAAUUCGGGUUUGUUUAUAUUUAUCUAGUCCUUAAAUAUGUCCCUCGGUUGAUCUUUUCGGUCUCUUUUGUGCUCUU